AUGAACCGUCAACAUUGCGCCAGCCCGGCCCUCUCGGACACCACAUACUACAGCUUCAACGAUAUCGAGCUCGUCGAGCCGCCGGAACCCCGCACAGAGUCCGACUGCUACGCGCAGCAACGACAGCAGCACAAGCGAGACUUUGACCCCUUCGAAGCUUCAAUCAUGCAGCGGCAAGACUCGGGCUACGAGUCCUACGAGCCCCCUUCCCCGCGAACCUUCACGUCCAACGGCUGCCGGCCCUCGGGCAGCGUGACGCGGCGAAACUCGUCCGCCUCCAACCCGCCGCGUCUGCGAUCAUCGCGGCCCUCUACGCGGCGAUCUGCCCGCUCGUAUAACACGUACUCGAGCGGCAACGGCAACGGCAUCGGCAUCGGCAUCCAGCAGCAACAACCACCGUACAAGGUCCGGUCGUACGCGCAGUCACAGCCCGUCGGCUACGUGCAGUUCCCGGAGCCCGAUCUCGUCGAGCUGGCCGAGCCUGAGGGGGCGGCCGCUGUGGCGCCGUCGCCGCCAUCACCGCCGCCGCAGACGACGCACUACUGGACGAGCGACAGCACCCGCCGUCUCGAGUACGCUGCGAUAGACGCGGCCGGCCGCGGCGUCAAGGGCUGGGUCCGCAAGCACCUGGUCCCCGACUGCCUAGUGCCCGAUCAGAAGCACCUGUCGUUUGACGAUGACACCGGCAGCGUCCGCCGGUACCGGCUGCACCUCGAGGACGACCUCCACGGGGAGAAGCAUCGUCGAGGGGAGGACCAGGCGACGCGCCGAAAGAGCUGGCGCUUCUGGCGCGAGUAA